ACAACUAGUGCAACAUCUACAUUCCCACUUGCUACUCUUAGGUUGCUUUCUGGGCAGGCAGAAGAUAUGUGGGUUCAAAUCAUUGCACUAAUUUUAGUGGUUGCUGAUUUAACAGCAGCGGGUGUGGAUAUUGAUGGUGUAAACUACGGUCGUCUGUAUGGAAAUGGAGUUUCAAACGACGAUCCUUCGCGUCAUCGAUCAAAUACAGGAAUCUACAGAAGUUUCGAUUACACUCUAUGGCUGUAUGUGGGCAUUGGUUCACUGGCGUUAGUUCUGUUCGGGAUCGCCUUGGUUAUAUACAGCUGCCUCAAUUGCUCCAGCUGUCCAGCAUACAAAUACCACCAGAGGAGAAAUCAAGGUGCAGUUUUCUCUGCUGACGUACCACCGCAAUACCACCAACAACAACAACAACCUGCCACCUUCAUCCAUGCAGCAGUGCUUAACAGAAAUCCCGGGAUAGUGUACGUACAAGGCGUCUCACAGCAGUUGCCAGCAUGCAUCAGCUAUUACAACGAUUCCUCGGGCUUCCCUAAGACUGCAGCGGGAAUCUAUACUCCAGGCAAUUCGACAUUGGAGCCGCCUCCAGAUUAUGACAGCGUACCACCACGCCACGCCACCGCACGGCCAGUAAAUGAAACAUAAAAAGGGAAAAUUCAAGUGGUACGAAGUGUCUUCCGAUGCCUUCUUCAGUUAUUUUGUGUGAAAAAAAUAAUGUUCGGUGUAUUCUGUGGCGACGUUUCGAGUCUGUCUUCUGUUAUUUAAUGUGAUAUAUGUUCAACAUAAUUUAUUUUUGUGUUACUAAAAUAAGAUAACAGUGAAUAUGGUAUUUAUCACAUCAAUCAUUGGAAAAUAAAGUUAAAUACUUAUUACAUGAAGGUAA